UUGCUUUUAUCUUUUCUCCUACACUGAAACAUACAAAUAGUAUUUUCUCUACAUGAUCUUGAGUUGAGCUUACAUCGCGUCGUGCAAAUAUGGCUGCCUAUCUCACACAGCGCAUCGCGCACCCCCAUAUCUGCCAUCCUCAUCACGGAAUCACCGUCUCGCGCGCUGGAACGCCAGCGCCAGAGAAGCAAGCCAAAUGUGGGGGACCCAUCCCCAAUGUUGCCGCCAAAGGCGUUUCCUUCUACACGCCUGAGCAGGAUCCUGUACCCGGCAGUGCUGUUCAGCCUCAGCCGUCCGGUAGACCUGUCCCUAAGCUGUUUACUCCCCUAAAGAUACGUGAUGUCGAGCUGCCGAAUCGCAUUUGGGUGAGCCCCAUGUGCCAAUACAGUGCACAUGAAGGGUUUCAUACACCUUGGCACAUCACUCACUAUGGCGGCAUGGCUCAGCGUGGUCCUGGACUUAUGAUGAUUGAAGCAACUGCCGUGCAAGCUAAUGGCCGCAUUACGCCCGAAGAUUCAGGCAUAUGGCUUGAUGCGCACAUUGAUACUCUAAAGAAACAUGUAGAUUUUGCACACAGUCAGAAAACUCCUAUUGGCAUUCAAUUGGGCCAUGCCGGACGCAAGGCUUCUACUGUUGCACCUUGGCUUAGCUCCGGCGCAAUAGCAACCGAAGAAGUUGAUGGUUGGCCAGACAAUGUAGUCGGGCCUAGCAAUGAGGCCUUCAACGAGCAUUACCCAAAACCACGCGCCAUGACGCUCGCCGAGAUUGCUCGCUUUAAGCAUGACUUCCUCUCUGGCGUUCGCCGUGCUCUCCGAGCCGGCUUCGAUGUCAUUGAGCUUCAUUUUGCGCAUGGCUAUCUUGUUUCCAGCUUUCUGUCUCCGGCUGUCAACAAGCGAACGGACCAGUACGGUGGAAGCUUUGAAAACCGUGUUCGUCUGGCGCUUGAACUAGUCGAAGCUACGCGGAUGAUUAUACCAAAGGGAAUGCCUUUGUUUGUGCGCAUCAGCGCCACUGACUGGCUUGAUACAAACCCAGAGUGGAGAGGGGGGCCAAGCUGGACCAUUGAUGAGAGCGUCAAGCUAGCUAAACUCCUCGCUGAACGCGGUGUUGACGUGCUGGAUGUAUCGACUGGCGGUAAUCAUGCGCAACAGAAAGUUAUCGGCGGGCCCGGCUACCAAGCACCAUUUGCCAAGAAGAUAAAGGCUGCGGUACAGUCUUCCAUGCUGGUUAGCUCCGUGGGAAGCAUCAAGACAGGAGAGGUAGCGCAGAAGCUCAUCAAUGGCAGCGAAGAUCCCGAUGACGCCCCCCUGGACUUGAUUGCUGCAGGCCGCAUGUUCCAAAAGAAUCCGGGGUUGAUUUGGGCGUGGGCAGAUGAACUGGAAGUUUCCAUUACUAUUGCGCACCAGAUAGGAUGGGGCUUCGGAGGAAGAGCUAAGAAGUCGACCAAGUCGACAGGUUCCUAA